UUUUUAAACAUUGAAAUCUGCUGUUGCUUAACCCUCAUAUAUUGUUUUUUCGUUAAACCCCCGGCUUCUGGUCACUCGUCUUCUCGCGCCUUCUUCUCAAAACCGAAACGCUCAGUCUCGCAUUGAAUUGAAUCUCUACAUUGUAGUGACGGAUCAUAAGAUACGGUUUUUAUCAUAAUCAUUUUGUUCAUUUAAGAAGAUGAUGGAUUGGAAUUACCCAGACAUAUCCUUAGAGGAAAUGAUGAAACUAAUCAAAGGUUUUGUAGAUAUCAUGAUUCUGGCAUCUGGGUAUCAGUCUUCUGGUCUUUUAGCCCAAUGGGAUGCCCACAAUAUCAAGAAAGCUUUCCAAUGGGCUUCCUUCUUUGAGAAUGUGCUUGGGAAAAUGAACAGUUCAGAUUUUUACCAGGAGUCACUUAACAAACUUGAUGCAGUUAUUCAUGAAAUGAAAUCCAAUCCUUCUUUUCCUCAGGGUCUUGCAAAUCUAUCAUGCGAUACUCUUAAUAGGGGAAGAAGUUUUGUACUAGCACAUUUGUUGCACACUUUACCGUUGAGGGAUUCACAUCUCAGGGCUUUUCUAAUUGCAAUAAUAGAGAUGGAUCUUGAUAAGCAUUCGGGAUCAGGGCAUGAUUGCCUCGGUGUAUAUCUCAACAAUUUAAUGAUGAAUACACCACUUAACUUGGUUUCGGAAAGGAAGGGUCUUGUGAAGAAUUCAGUUACCACAUUGGAAGAUGCUGCUUUGGCUAAAGAUGACUUGACAAAGUUUACUCUUCAAGAGCUGUUCAAGAGGCAAUCUGCAGUGUCAUGCAUAUCCACAGUCGGUAGAAGCUUAGAUAUCCUCUCCAACUCGAUCAGAUGUAGCAGUUUGAAUUAUUCUGAUGGUAGCUUAUCUGAAGAACAAUUGAAGCAGGGACAAGCUCAAGCAUUAGUGGGGAAUGUAGAUCAAGUAUCAGGUUAUAUGACAUGGAAUCAUUGGAAAUCAUCAAAUGUUUCAUAUCUUCUUCAGAAGAGAACUAUCAGAUUGGUCUCAGGUGCCAGCUUGAUAUUUUCUGCCCCUAAGGCUUGCUGGGUUCAAUUUUUUGAAAGGUUGAAUACUUCAGCAAAAUGCAAUACGGAUGAUGAUCUGUGUGAUUCAAUAGAACUCAUGUUGCUUGGACUCAUUGCAGCCAAAUGGAAUUGCCUAAUUGAAUAUUUCAUGUCUAUUUCUUAUGACUCCUUCACUAUCUCAAAGCUAUUUCAUGAAGUCUGCAACCUACUUCCAGGAAGAUCUCAAGAUUUUCAUUUGAAAGAGGGCACAAUAGACUCAAAGGAAAAUGGGAUUCUUGAUUACUUGGCUCGGUUGCUGGAUGGGCGGCUUCAUCAUCUGUGGAAACUCUCCCCUGUCCUCGUAGCUGUUGCAAUCCCGUUCUGGUCAUCAAUAUUUCGGUUAUAUCUAAAUGAAAUAGAGACUCAAUUCAAAGGAGAAUCUUCAGUAAUGAGAUGCUGCAGGUGUAUCCAGGAUAGGAAGGAACAUGAGGAUUUUUAUCUACCCCACAAAAUAUAUUUGCAAUCUGUGUGGUCCCCUUUGCAUAUGAAGUGUGCGACAAGCCAAUUUGAAUUGAAAAAGCCAUGAAGUUCGCAAACAUCUGAUUUUGAUUAUAUCAGAUGAUUCCCGGGAAACUUCACCAACCAGGAGUAAAAGAGAAUAAAAACCAGAAAUGGAUAAACACUAGCUGCUUUUUGGAAGACUGGCCAGCUUAAAAGUGCAUACCAUCAACUGUUGACAUUGCAUCAUUAGCUGCAUGUCUCACUCCCUUCUCCACUUUGGGACCCAGAAAGACUAGUGGCAUAAGCAAAGUUGAAUGUUCCCUUGAUGAUAAUGUUUUUUCGCCUCCACUAAUGGGAGAAUGACAUCUGAUGUCAUUGAUAAUGCUUCCAGCCAAUGGCUAUUGUUGCUCGAAAGCUCUCAAUUUGUGGUAUUCUGUUAUGGUUUAGGUUUUAAAUGCAUCUUGCAAUACAAGCUCCACUCUGACUAAUUCCAAAUUAGAGUUGAAAAAGAAAGUUGAUCAAUGAAAAAUUUCAGUUUACAAAGCAAAAAGAAAACUCUAUGCCUAAAGUGGGGGAAGAGAAUUGCAAGCACCGAGUCUGCAAUUAUACUCGGUAAUGGGAAAAGUCGAGUGUCAUUUAGUUGCUGCUGUGGAUCACAAAUUUUGAGGCACCUGCUAUGCAAGUUCAGGGCACAGUGGAAGCAAGCUCUGGGGUGGCAAAGGAGCACUGUAAAGUACAGCUAUGAUAUUCACAGCUACUCUCUUAACUUCGAUGAUGGUAUCUACCAUUGCUAUCUCCCAUCAAAGGAUUCUCAAUGAAGUUUUUUUCUUUUUUGUCUCCUUGAGCAAUAAAGUCAUCCGGUUUAUUAUCAGUCGCUUCGGAGGACCAUCUGGCAUAUAAACAGGGUUUUGUUCCUGCAUUUCUUAAAGAUAUUGGAGGUAUUAUCUUAAUUAAUACAUUACCAAUCGGUUGGAAAUGGAAUUAUAGAUUUAUAAUGUUACUUUGCUUUACUCUGAACUAUACCAUGGCGGGUUGUACAGCUAUCGAGCCAUGUCGUGUUAAUCUCCUGGAUUUUUGCACAAAAUUUCGUAUGUCUUCAACUGUUCUUACAUUAUUUUCCUGCAUUUUGAUUGCUUUACCGGUUUAUUUUGGUAACUUAAGGGGCGGGGGAAUGACACAGUGAUAUUGCAAGGAUAAAAUUUUUUUACCUCCCCAUUUGUCCGUUAUCUGAUUUCCAUUGAUUGGAUUUUGUUCCACUAUUUCACAUGUCUACAGGUGAUGGGGAAGUUGCAUCACAGGACAUUGUACGUUCUGGAGAUUAAAGAAUGAUUUAUUGAAUAUAAAUAUUUAAUCACUGUAUUUUUUUUUAAUAUUUUUUUGAGGACAAAGAUAAUGAAAACAAGACUGGGUUA